ACACGAAAUUUAUUAAAAGAAUCAAUGAUUGGAGCGUCGGCGAUGUUAUCCAAGACAAGUCAACUCGACAAAGAUUUUUCGGACAAUGACGAGCCAUCUCUGCAGUCCGCCGACCCCAACGAGCGAAAACUUGCCCGACGCUUGCGAACUCAAAGCCGAGCUGAAGCUUCGCAAAAACCGGAGGCGGAAGAUCACGGCGAAGCUGUCAAGGAGAGUCUCACCGAAAAGCAGAUAAUCGCCAGCGAAGAGCUUUUGGAGAAACUGAUCGAGGAAGGAAACGAAGUCAUAUCCAACGUGAGAGUAGCCAACGACGCCCGGGAGUUGGAGCGCCGUAUAAAAUCGAGCGAGAUCCGCAAACAAUUUCUCGACAGCCUCGACAAAAAUGCGAGACUCUGCAAGGAUCAGUACGACCUCAUCAACGACCAGUGGAUGUCGAUUCUUCGGUCCAACGAUCCGCUCGUCAUCCACGAGGAGAUGGAGUGGCAGCGGAAAAAGGGCGAGAUGGUCCUGGCGCAGAAGGACGCGAUCAUCGAGGAUCUGAAACUCGAGCUGGAGAGGAUCGACCGGGAGUACUUUGACGACCAGGCCAAGCAGAAGGACGACAUCAGACUGUUGAUCGAGAGAAUUGAAAAUCAGAUGAGUAGUAUGGAGAACUAUUACACGCAAGAGCUCGAUCUGAUAAAGAAGAUGAUGAAAGUGGACAGCGAUACUUUGGUCGAGAGUUUCCGGAGUAAGUGGGAUGCCCUUUACAAGCAGCAGGAAGAGGAGGACGACAUUGGCAACGAGAGGAGGGAGAAAAUCAUGAAGGAGUACGAGGACCAGUUGGAGCAAGUCAUGAGGAGGCACGAGGAGGAGUACAGGGCGCAAAAGAUCGGCUUGGAAAAGGAGUGUCAAGCCAUGGAGCAGCAGCUCGAGAAGACCAAGGCCCACUGCCAAUUGAACACGGAAAAGUUGACUUAUAAUUAUACGAUAUUGAAAAAUCGCGAGGAAGAAAACGCUAUUAUUAAAACCCAGCAGAAGAGAAAGAUCAAUCGACUUCAAGCGCUCCUCGGUGAUUUGCGGAAAAAUUACGCCGAUUUGCAGGAAAAGUCAAAAGCGGAAACGGAAAAAUUAUCCAGCGACAUUUUGAAAACGCAUAACAAGAUAGUGGACAUGGAGGACAAGUUGGCUCAGUUUUCGCAGGUCAACGAAAAAAAGUACUUUGACGUUUGGGACAUGAAUAUGGAGACUGCCAACAAUUUGGUGAAAAAGAUCUUAGAAGCCGACGAAUCGAUUCACGAGAGCAUCUUAGGGAUACUGUGGGACCCACCGCAAAACGAUUUGCCGAGAAAGGAGGACCUGCCAUCUUAUCGUGCAGCAAUUAAUUACAUUCAAAAAAAAAAACAAGAGGACAUGGAUAGAUACAACAUUUGUCCGUAUGACAAAGCAAACAAAUCACCUUUGGAAGAAAAAUUGGAAAGAGAAGUGAUUCACAAUAUAUUGAAGAAAAUUACAAAAACUUCGAGAUUUUUGGUUGAAGAUAAAUUAAAAAAGUUAAUAUCCGACUUCAGUGACGAAGAGAAGACCAUCAUUAGCCUGGACAGCAUUUUCGACGCCCUGUCAAUCGCUUCACCCCAAGAGAUGAACGUUCUCGUUGACGUUUUUAUGCCGUACACGUUCUGCUCGAUAUGCAUUGCCGCAGGGAACGCGAGUUCGGAAAAUUUAACCAAGUGUUCCACGCCAAGCGACACUUGUGCAAAAACUUGCGAAGGUUGCAAGGACGAGAAAAUACAGAAACUGAUAGACAGCAUAAAAGAGGAAGUUGAGGUGAAUCGUCAAAACAUGAAGAUAUCCGAAGGAAGGUCUUCCUCGCUCGAUAGGUCGCGUUCAGAAGUAUUAGGUAUGGAAGAGUACGAAUCAAAAUCCGAGAGCUUGUCUUCGAGGAGAUCAGUGACGAGAAAAUACACGUGCGACAGAGGGCAUGUUCUUGAUGUACACGCAGCUCAUGUCACAAAGGCGUUGAAAGAAGUUGUGAAGAAAUUGAGUAUUGCCGAGCAGAAGGAAACGCUUUCGUUGGAAGAAAGGGUUAAGGAAAAGAAAUACACUAUUUCACGAAAUGUGUCGCCUGAAGACGUCAAUUACUUCUGGUCUUGUUAUCAAGAUAUAUUCGGCCCGCACAAGGAAAAACUAUGGGACGCAAUACUUGUGGGACUGAAUAAGUAUUAUGAGGUUUUGAGAGAAAGACACAAGCUGUGCAACGAAAUAGACAGUUUGGAAAAACAUAAUUCAGAGCUCCAACGGCUUUUGGAAUCACACACAAAAAGUAUCGACGAUGGCUUAUCUGCACUACAAAUAAAAUCAGCUAAAUAUUCAAAAUGCUAG